AGUCAGUCGCCGUCCCUUUUGCGGGAACGUGCUCCGAAGCAGCAGCCGCCGUCUCCUCCCCUCCCCUCCCCUCCCCACCUCCUCCUCUCUCUUCCCUUACCUCAUCGAUCUCCCCUUUUUAUACCGCGUCGCCGGUCCGACGCAAAGCUUCUCCUCUUUCUGCGUCUGCCACUCGUCCCGGAGUGGAAGAUCCGCCCUUUUUAGCUGCUUCUGGUGCUGCUAGUUGUUGGUUGUUUCUGGGGAGUUGCACCACCGGCCGGGAACCGGGGAAGGCACGAGAGGGUUGGUGGGUUUGCGCGCGGUGGCGCUGGCGUCGUGAUGGACUCCGGCAACAGCGGGAGCCUCCAGUCGUCUAGCGGCGGCGACGACGAGUUCGACUCGCGGGGUGGAGGGGGCGUCGACUCCUCCCCGCUCUCCGCACUGCUCCGACCGUCGCCGUCCCCCUCCGCCGCCGCGUUCUCGCUCCACGGCUCCUACUUCGGCCUCCAAGAGUUCACGUCCGCGCCGCCUCCGCAGCAGCCGCAGGCCGGUACCUGGUCAUCGGCCUCGUUCCCCGGCGCCUCCUCUUUGUCCCCGCGCGUCGCGCAACCGGACUCGGGCGCGGGCGCGCGCCAGCAGCAGGCUGCUGACACGACCGUGGCGGCGGCGCAAGGGCAAGGGGCGGCGAUGGGCGGCGCGCCGGCGCCGGCAGCGCAGCAGCCACCGAGGGGGUCGAGGAAGCGGACGCGCGCGUCGCGGCGGGCGCCCACGACGGUGCUCACCACCGACACCUCCAACUUCCGCGCCAUGGUGCAGGAGUUCACGGGCAUCCCGUCCCCGCCCUUCGGCGCCGCGGGCGUCGGGGUCGGGGUCGGUGGCCCCGCCGCGUCGCUUCGGACCCGGUUCGACCACAUCUUCCCCCCGCCGUCGUCCUCCCUGCGCUCCGCCGCCGCGGAUGCCGCCACGGCGUCGCUGCCGCCGUACCUCCUCCGGCCCUUCCCACACAAGCUCCCGACGACCGUGCCCUCCUCCAGUUUCCCGCCCUUCACGACGACGUCGUCGUCGUCGUCAUCGUCCACGCCGUCCUCAUCCAACAUCGGCGUCGCCAAUGCCAAUGCCGCGACGGGCACGGCCGCCACCGCAGCAGCAGCAGCAGCACCCUCCAACCCGGUCGCGGCAGCCGGAGCGGCGGGCGACACCUUCCAGCAGCUGACGUCCUCGGCGCUUCUCCGGCUGCAGCAGGACCCCAGCAGCUACCUCUCCUUCCAGAACCUCCUCGACUCGCAGCCGUCGUCGCAGUCCAUUUUCGGCGCGGCGGCGGGCGGGUUUGGGCAGGCCUCGUCGAGGCUGCACGAUCCGGCGCCGUCGCCAUCGGAUUUCCUGGCCAGCGUCGGCGGCCUCACUCACGGCGGGCUCUUGGCGAGCUCCGAGGGCCUGCACUUGCACCAUUCAUCAAGGAGCGACGACGUCCACGGGCACGGCCACGGCGGCGACGAGCUGUCGGGCGUGGUGGCGGCCGGCGCUUCGGGCGGCGGCAGCUGCAAGCUGAACUACUCCUCCCACGCCGGCGGCGCGGGCACCUCGUCAUCGGGCGCGGCCAGCGCCGCCGACAAGCCACCUGACGGCGGCGGCGCUGGUGCUGCUGCCGGAAGGCCGGGACGAGGCGCGGGCCUGGAUCCGUGGAUUUGUACAUCGGAGUAGUAGUAGUAGGGAUGAUGCAUGCUGCGCGCCGCCUCGUUGGCUGUCGUCGUCCUGUUAGCUGCGUUGCGAUACGGGGGCUGCGGCGGCUACGGAGACGAAGCAAGCCACCAAAUCCGUCCGCCAUGCAUGAGCAUGACAAACAAAGGUCUGAUUAGCCUUUAUACCUUUUGUUACUACUUAGUAUUAAUCACUUCUUUGCAGAGGCAUGCAGUUAUCGUAGCCGUAGCCCCUCCCCACCUUUGUACAUUAAAAACCUCUUCAUCAUCGCAUCUUGCUUCGGCUCGAUCUCUCACUCAUUAGAUUCUUGAGUUAAUUACACACGAUUUAGACGUGCAAAUGAAAUAAUGCCUUCUUCCCCUCA